AUGUCGCGCCCUUUCCCCUAUACCUACAUCUCCUGCCCGUGUGCGGAAACCCCCGUGCCCGACCCGUCCAGGAAACGGAGAUCAAGAGAAUCGCCGAUGAAAGCCAGUCCUCAGAAGCCGCGCCCAGAGCCCCAAUUCGACGAGGAGGAAGACGAACAAACUUUCGACCCGCGAGAUCCACGGUCAAACUUCUCGUUAUACCCCCCGGAGGAGCUCCUCUACUGCGAAGACUGCCACCAGAUCAAGUGCUCGCGAUGCAUUACGGAGGAGAUACUAUGCUGGUAUUGCCCGAGCUGUUUGUUUGAGACCCCGAGUAGCCUGGUUCGACACGAGGGAAAUCGAUGUGGACGGAAUUGCUUCAACUGCCCGAGUUGUACCGCGCCGCUCGCUGUUACGGCGCUCGAGGAUGGUUCGUCAGGAGACCAGGCAGGACCCUGGGUAUUGUCCUGUAACUAUUGCAUGUGGACGACGUUGGAUAUUGGGAUUAAGUUCGACAAGCCGACCAACAUCCGCGCCCAGCUAACAAAAAUGACUACUGAACCGUCCACAACGGCGGCUUCUCGAACGCGGGGUUCCAGGGCCUUUAGCGACCUCAAAUCGCCAUUGUCAAUGUACUCUUCUAUCGAUGACCAGCUCCCACCUGUCGGAGAGAGAAGGCCCGGUGAGGAACCACCUACAGAAACCAGCACUCAUGCCCCGCGCACUCGCGAUGCACAGUUCGCUGCUCUUAAGGCCUUCUACAAGGACCAGAUAUCAUCCACAACCACCUCCGGUGUUGAUCCGGGAGAUUUUGCCGGUCAAUUCUCUUCGCCAAAUACCCUUCAACGCAUCAUGUCAAUCUACACACAAUCUCGCUUAUCGUCACUCUACGGCAACUCUAACAAGAAAUCCCGCGCCAAACCGCCGGUGAUGAGAGAGGCCCUGACAGAAAGCGAAGGCCUCUUCAUACCCCCACCAGAUUCUGAAACGGCCAUCAUAAAGCGCAUGGCCGCCGACGGCUGCGGCUGGGAGGGUCUCGCCUCUAUCGAACAGCGCGCCUCCCAAGCGCCCAGCGCCCGUUUCGUCGAGGAUCUCCUCCCUCUCCCUACUCUGCUUCGCACGAAACGUUCCAAACGUUGCAAAUCAUGCAAGCAUAUCCUCGUCAAGCCCGAGUUCAAGCCGCAAUCUGUUCGAUACCGCAUCAAACUCAUUGCUAUCAGUUACAUCCCACUGCCGACAUUACGACCUUUAGUUCUCCCCCCUACAUCCUCACAACCGCAACCCCAACAACAGCCUAAUCUCGACGCCCUUGUCCCUCAAAAGCCCAUUCAGCUCUUACUCACAUUAAAAAACCACAUGUUCGACCCUAUCCGCAUCACACUCGCCACGCCAUCUGUUACACCAGGUCGUGUCGCGUCCAAGGUCACAAUCCUCUGUCCUCAAUUCGAUAUCGGGGCCAAUAAGGACGCCUGGAGCGAGGCACUCGAAACAGCGUCUACCUCGUCCCGCACGUCGAACUAUGAAAAGGUUGCUGAGGCGGGAAAGGUUUGGGAAAAGGGUAGGAACUGGACAACGGUGGUGCUAGAGGUUGUACCGGGAAGCCUACCUGGCGGGAAACUCUCGACAAUAAUGUCUUCCGCAUCUCUCGCGAGUGGCCGUAACAAUGACAGUAGCGAUGACGAUGAUAGCGACGACAAUGGAACCGGAGGAGGGCUGUCAGGGAAUCUCGACUGGAGCGGCCAGGGAACAGACCCCUCUCAGCAGAUCCAACCCGAUGAGGAUGUUCUUGAAAUCCCGGUCUUCGUACGCAUGGAAUGGGACUCGGAUAGUCAGAUUGAGUCAGAAGAAGGAGGCAAGGAUUCGUUGGGUGCCGUUGGAGCCGGGGGUGUGAGAAGGGAAUUGGCUUAUUGGAUGGUUUUGGGAGUUGGAAGGAUUGCGCCUUCGUAG